ACGCGACCGCGACCUCGGCGUCGGCUCCCUCCGCGGCUCCCCGGGCCUCCACCCCUCCUCGCGGCGCUCGAGGGACCAUGGCGGAUCCUCGCGUGAGGCAGAUCAAGAUCAAAACCGGCGUCGUAAAGCGAUUGGUCAAAGAAAAAAUGAUGUAUGAAAAAGAAGCAAAACAACAAGAAGAAAAGAUUGAAAAAAUGAAAGCUGAAGAUGGUGAAAAUUAUGCCAUUAAAAAGCAGGCAGAGAUACUGCAGGAGUCCCGGAUGAUGAUCCCAGAUUGCCAGCGCAGGUUGGAAGCUGCAUAUACUGAUCUUCUGCAGUUAUUAGAGAGUGAAAAAGACUUGGAAGAAGCUGAGGAAUAUAAGGAAGCACGUUUAGUAUUGGAUUCAGUGAAGUUAGAAGCCUGAAGUUUUGCCGUGCAGGGUGUUUUUUUCAUUAAAUCCUGAGAUCCAUUCCACAAUUCAUUAUUUUUGACCACUGCUCUAUGUUCAAGUAGUAUAAGAAUGUGAUUCUUUUUAUGCAGUUGCGUAUAUUUUUCUUUGCCUAAUUUAAUGUGUCAAAUAAAUGAGUUCGUCUAAUAAAA